AUGCGCCCUACCCCAUUCUCUCUCCUCGAAAAACAUCUCUCUCUCUCUCCAAAACAUCACCAAAAAUGAAAAAUGGAAACCUCUCUUAGAACACAUUCCCUCCAUGAGAUUUAUGAUGUCCCCAGUUUCAAUCCUGCGAACAUUCAUCCAUUCUUUCUCAUUUUUCUCUCUCUAAAGUCUAAACAUUGAUUUUUUGCAAAAAUAGAGAGGCCCAAAUUUCAAUUUCAGCAUUGCCACUUUGAGCACGUCGGUGGUAUCAUGCUCUCUACCCUAACCAGGUGGUGUUCUUCCAACCCAGUUACAAGUUUUUGAAUUAAGCUAUUGUUGAAUUCUCUUACUAUACUUGCUUUUCUUCUUCUUCUUUUUCUUUUUUUUAACUUGUUUUAUUAUCUUGGUUUUCUGGUUUUCGCCAUAUACCUUUAGUUGGUUUAUUCAGUUUUUGUAGUUGGGUCUCUCUCUCUCUCAAAACCUGGUUUUUAGGGUUUUCUCUGUUGUGUGAGGAGUUUCAGAGUAUCGUCUGUGUUUUUGGGUUAGUUGCUAUUUUUGGUUUUUUAUAGAAGAAAUUGGACACGUCAUGAAUGAUGUCGACCUGUGUAAUGGAGAAAGGGGAAUAGAUGGGCAUGUUUGGGUGAAGAGAAGGAUGAUUUGGAGUGCAAUGAUGAUGGGUUAGAGAGAGUACCUAUACAUUGUUGGGUGAGUAGGGAUUGGGGUUGGGAGAGUCACUGCAGCGAUAUUCAGGUUCUAGGUUAAAGAAUUCGGGUUAGGAAGACCUCUGUAAUUUUUAGGCCUGGUUUGGAUGGUGCAGUAAUGGAUAGUGGUGAAGGGGGAAUGGACGGGUUGGAUAACAAGAAGGUGGGUCUAAAGAGAAACCUGAAAUCCAUAGAAUUUCAGGGUGAUUCAGACGAUGAGUUACCUAUAGGAACCCUAUUCAAGAUCAAGAAGUUACGAAACCCUAAAACGAAAAAGUCUGACAAUGAAGAGGGCUCUGAAAUUAGGGCAGAGGAUUCAAAGGUCAGUGAGGAGGUCUCUGUUAAUGUCAACAUUGUCGCAGACAUGGAUGAUACUUUAGCUAAUUUCAAGAAGAAAUUGAAGGUGCCAAAGAUAGUUAAAGAGUCAAGUGAGAGCAAUUGUUUGGUUUCAAAGCAAUCCAGAGUGAAAUUGUCGAAAAAGUUCACUAGAGCUUUAAAAGGUCAGCCUUCUGUUGUUGAUGAAUCUAGGUCACUGCUUUCGACUAAGUCUACAAGGCCUCGCUCUUCUUCUAUUGCAAAACCUGUUGAGGAAACCCUAAAGUUUGAUGAUGGGUCUGAUCAAUCAGAUGUAGUCAAGGAGGAUUCACUUCUUUCUGCCCUAGUUCCGAAAUCUCGAGCUGCUUUGAUUCGUAAGAAAAUUGGAGAAACCCUAAUUUCUGAUGAUGUGCAACAAAAGGUCUCCGAUAAGAGCCCUAAAGACUUUUUGAUCUCAGCACUGGUUCGAAAGACACGUUCUGCUUCUCUGAGGAAACAGAGAGAGGAAAAUUUGAGGACUGAGGACCCUUUGGAUCGACCAUCUGUUGAGUUGUUGAAGGAUUCAUUGCCCGCCCCAGUUCGAAGAUCCCGCUCUGUUACAUAUCAGAAGAAGGGAACGGAGACCCGGAGGUUUAAUGAUGGAUUGAACCAAAGCAUUGAUGUAAAUAUGGAGAUAUCUAUCCCUGUUUCAUUAAUGAAAUCUCAUUGUGCUGCCAUAGAUGAGCAGAUGAGAGAAACCCCAAGCUCUGAUAGUGGUUUUGAGGAGGUUUCUGUCGAAAAUUUGAAGGAUUCACAGUCUGCCCUACUUCAGGAAUCUGGUUCUGGUUCAAUGCUCAAGAAGAAAGAGGAAACCCUGAUGAGUGUGGAUGAGUUGGAUCUGUUUCAAAUUACAGGUACGACUACAGGUGCUGGUAUUUUAAAAUUGACAGAAGAUACUCAGAAAUCAGGUGAUAGUUUCGGUCAAACUAGAGGAGUUCAAGAAGACGGGUGCUCUCCACUUGCUCAGAAUCACCAUUUCGCUUCACUUUCACUUGCGACAGAUGAGACCAGGAGAUCUGAUGGAACUUCAAAUGACUCGUCCUCAGGUGUAAUUCAAGAGUUUAGUUUGGUUUCCCUUUCAAAGCGGUUGGCUCAAGUCCCACUAAACAGUGGUAUUUCCGAUGGUGGGCUAAGGCAACAAAGCUACUCCGAACUACAAAAUUUGCAGUUCACACAGGUAUUGGAGUCCUGUAACUUUUCCCAAGCUAAGAUGCCCAAGAAAAUUGAUAGGCUUGAUGAUGGGUCAUCUCAAGCUUUUGAUAGAAUUUUAGAUGAUGAACUGAAGGCUUUCCCUUCAGUUGAAAUUAACAGAGAUUCUCCACGUGCCCAAGUUCAAACAUCUUUUUCUGCUUCUCUACCAGAGGACAGAUCGGGUGGGUUGAAUCACAUUUCGAACGCAAAUCAGAUGCAGGACUUGCAGAUGGAGAAUGAAGGAUUGAAUAAAUCUGUUGCCCUGAGUUCAGUUCCAGUUAAGGACUCAAGUUCGCCAAGGCUUGAUGGAGGUCUCAGUCGAUGUUACGGGUUUGUUUCAAAUGAUGGGUUUUCACCUUAUUCUUCUACUCUAGAUCAGGCAUUGUUUCCUAAGCCGGAGGUUUGUGUGGAUCAGGCCCCCGAUGGAGCUUUGGGACAUAAACAGUUCUUCGAUUCAAAUGAUGGGUUGAAUCCACUUUCUGAUGAGAACCAAACUUUUCAGAAGCCAAAUUCAGCUUUUGUCUAUGAGGAAGAAACCCCCAUUUCUGAAGAUAUUCCAAAUCAAACAUCUGAAGAUUUCUCAAAGGAUUUACCUUCUACACAAGUCCAUGAAUCUUGUAGUUUUGCUACAGAAAAGAACAAAGAGGAAAUUCCAAUGUCUAGUGAUGGCUCAAAAGGAAAGACAUCUACUUUAGAGAAGAAAUCUCAGAGGCUGACUGCUGCCCAACGAGUGUUGCGAAAAGUGAAGAGGCGGAGAUAUGGUGACAUGACUUAUGAAGGAGAUAGUGAUUGGGAUGAUGUCUUGAUGCAUGAGGAGAGAUCCUUUUCUUUAGAUGAUGAAGAUCGGUUGACUAGAAGCAAAACUAGGCCUGAUUCUUUUUCAAGUUUGUUCCUUGAUGCUGAUAGUGGUGCUGCAGCAGCUGUGGCAGCUGGGUUGAAAGCUCGUGCUCCCGGUCCAGCUGAAAAGAUAAGAUUUAAGGAAGUUCUGAAACGUAGAGGAGGGCUACAGGAAUAUCUUGAAUGCAGGAAUAUGAUCCUAGGUCUUUGGAGUAAAGAUGUAUGUCGCAUAUUGCCUCUGUCAGACUGCGGGAUAACUAAUGUUCCUCUGGAAGAUGAAUCACCACGUGCUGCCCUUAUUCGAGAGAUUUAUUCAUUUCUGGACCAUCAUGGUUAUAUAAAUGUAGGCAUUGCUGCUGAAAAAGAAAAUUCAAGAAACCAUGGAACUCCUCAACUGAAACUUGCAAGAGGAAACAAAACUCGAAGUAGUUAUGAAGGCAAAGUUGCUGCUGAUUCUGAGGAGGAAGUUGCUUACAUUCUGGGUCAGGUCAAGACUUCUGAGAAUGUUGGGUUGGUUCAGAAUGAUGGCCCCCAUGAAGAUGGCCUACCAACUAUACCCACUUCAAGCCUUGAUGCUAAUUAUGUGGAACCCAACAAAGGUCAUCUGUACCCCACGGUGGCAGAGCCAUUGUCUCUUAAAAAUUCUGGAGAACUGGGAAUUGAUCCUCAUGCUGGCUUCGUUCUCAAUCAUAACCAAGCUUUGUACAAAGAAGAUGGAUUUGAUGAGAUAGACAAUCAAAGGGCGCUUUAUGUUCAGUCGCUUGAGAGUGAGACUAUUGAAAAGGGGGUUAGGUUGGAUCCUUUUGUGCUGAAUGGUGUCAUUGAGACCUCAAUGGAAUCCGGUGAAAAGGUGAUUGUUAUUGGGGCAGGUCCCGCUGGUUUAACGGCCGCACGACAUUUGCAACGUCAUGGUUUUCGAGUCUGUAUUCUUGAGGCUCGUAACAGGAUUGGAGGUCGUGUCCACACAGAUCGUUCAUCUCUUUCUGUUCCUGUUGAUCUUGGUGCAAGCAUUAUAACUGGGGUGGAGGCGGAUGUUGCAACCGAAAGGAGACCGGAUCCUUCUUCCUUGGUUUGCACACAACUCGGUCUUGAGCUCACUGUGUUGAACAGUGAGUGCCCUCUAUAUGAUAUUGUGUCCGGUGUAAAAGUUCCUGGUGAUUUGGAUGAAGCCUUAGAAGCUGAGUAUAACAGUCUUCUCGAUGACAUGGUUGUGCUUGUUGCCCAAAAUGGUGAAGCUGCAAUGAAGAUGUCACUUGAAGAUGGGUUGGAGUAUGCCCUUAGGAAGCGACGCGAGGCUCAUAUCGCUAGUGUGACUCCAGAGUUAGAUCUGCUUAAAGUUAGUGAUGAUUUCAGCUCCUUGAACGCUGCCAUUGCAUUUGAUAGUGAAAUUUCCACAGUGGCUGAGAGCAGAACUCCGGAUAGGAAUACGAAUAGAACUGAAGAUGAUGUGUUGAGUCCUCUUGAGAGAAGAGUGAUGGAUUGGCAUUUCGCCAACUUGGAAUAUGGCUGUGCUGCUCAGCUUGACAUAGUGUCACUUCCUUACUGGAACCAAGAUGAUGUCUAUGGGGGCUUUGGUGGGGCUCACUGUAUGAUAAAAGGGGGGUACAGUACUGUUGUGGAGUCCCAAGGUAAGGGGCUUGAUAUUCGCUUGAAUGAAGUUGUCCAGGAGGUCAAAUAUGUUGUGGGGCAAUCAAAAGGGGAAUGCCCCAAGAGAAGCGAAGUUAGGGUUUCCACAGCAAGUGGUCACGAGUUUGUGGGGGAUGCUGUUCUAGUCACUGUGCCACUGGGUUGCUUGAAAGCGAAUACCAUUAAGUUUUCUCCUUCACUGCCUGACUGGAAGCUGUCCUCUAUCCAACGUCUAGGGUUUGGGGUACUGAACAAAGUGGUCUUGGAAUUCCCAUUUGUGUUUUGGGAUGACAAUGUAGAUUACUUUGGGGCAACUGCUGAGGAAACAAAUCACAGAGGUCGCUGCUUUAUGUUUUGGAAUUUGAAGAAAACAAUUGGGGCUCCUGUUUUGAUAGCACUUGUGGUUGGAAAAGCAGCCAUAUAUGGCCAGAGCAUGAGUACCUCUGACCAUGUUGACCAUGCUGUUAGGGUUCUUCGAAAGCUUUUUGGGGAGCCGGUGCCUGAUCCAGUUGCUUCAGUUGUGACGAAUUGGGGGGAUGACCCUUUCAGUAGGGGCGCUUACUCUUAUGUAGCUGUCGGAGCAUCUGGUGAGGAUUAUGAUAUUUUGGGGAGGCCGGUCGAGAAUUGUGUCUUCUUUGCUGGUGAGGCCACUUGUAAAGAGCACCCAGACACAGUUGGUGGUGCCAUGAUGAGUGGGCUUCGAGAAGCAGUGAGAAUUAUUGAUAUAAUGAGGAAUAGCAACGAUUACACUGCUGAAGUGGAGGCCAUGGAGGCUGCACAGAGACAGUCGGAUUCUGAGAGAAAUGAAGUGAGGGACAUGAUGAAGAGACUAGAUGCUGGUGAGCUCUCCAAUGUUCUUUGCAAGGGCUCUUUGGAUGGGGACCAGAAGUUGUUGACCAAGGAAGCCUUGCUACAAGAUAUGUUCUUGAAUGCAAAGACUACGGCUGGGCGCCUAUAUCUGGUUAAGGAGUUGUUGCAGCUACCUAUCGGUGUUUUGAAGGCAUUCACUGGAACUAAAGAGGGUCUCAGUAUACUCAACUCAUGGAUUUUGGAUUCAAUGGGAAAGGAUGGAACCCAGCUCUUGCGUCACUGUGUCCGUUUGCUUGUGCUUGUGUCAACAGAUUUACUUUCUGUCCGUUUAUCUGGUAUUGGAAAAACAGUAAAAGAGAAGGUUUGUGUGCACACAAGCCGUGAUAUUCGUGCAGUUGCUAGCCAGCUAGUCAACAUGUGGAUCGAAGUUUUCCGGAAGGAAAAAGCUGCAAAUGGGGGAUCCAGGUUGUUUAAGCAAACAAGUGCUUCACUUAACACAGGUGACCCCCUAAAGAUGAAGCCUAAAGAUACAAGUCAUGCGAAGCCUCCAACUAGGGCACCCAAUGAUCCGUCUGAAAGUCAUACUCCUUUCCAUAUGCAUGCUAAGAAAUCAGAUAACAAGCCUCUCAAAUCAGAAACUGGCAAUGAUUCUAAAUCUGAAGCCAACUCUUCACGUUCUCAAAGCCUGCUGCAAGAUUCUAGGGUGGAUGACAAUGUCAUGACCGAAGAAGAAGCUGCUGCUUUAGCAGCUGCUGAAACAGCUCGAGCCGCAGCACUUGCAGCUGCAGAGGCAUAUGCAUCUUGUGAAGCUAAUGUACUCCCUGAGCUUCCAAAAAUCCCCUCAUUUCACAAAUUUGCUCGCCGUGAACAUGUUGCUUCUAGAGAAGAUUCAGAUUUUAAGAAGAAAAAGUGGCCUGGAGGUGUUUUAGGGAAGCAAGAUUGCUUAUCGGAAAUAGACUCUCGAAACUGUCGGGUUAGGAAUUGGUCGGUUGAUUUUGCUGCGACAUGUGUAAAUCUUGAUGAUUCGAGGAUAUUGGGUGAAAGUCAUAAUACACAGAGGGGCUACUCAAAUGAGCUCUUGUCCCAGAUGAAUCUUAGAGAGCAUUCUGGGGAAAGUGGGGCUGUGGAAAGCAGGUUUAAAAAAUCAUGGGUCCACAGUACCACUGGUAGUGUUUCUGGUGGAAAAGAUUAUCGUGCAACUGAAAGGUGGCAACCUCAUCCAUUUGGGGCUGAUGAUGUGGUAUUGCAUUCAGGUUUGCAUGUAACAGAUGAAGAAGAUUCAACUAAGGCAUUAAAUCAUCCCAUUGUGAAGGUAGAAAGAGAGGGGCAAAGUAGUUGUGCUUCAGAAGCUGCUGAAAACAAAGUGAUGCUGGAUAAUCAGGCAGGAGGGAUGGAUCAGUUAAAACAAGGUCUUGUGGAUUAUGUGGGUUCCUUGCUUAUGCCUCUUUAUAAAGAUAAGAAAAUUGACAAAGAAGGAUACAAGUCGAUACUGAGGAAAAGUGCAACUAAGGUAGUGGAGAAUAGCACAGCAGCAGAGAAGGCAAUGUCCAUUUCAGAGUUUUUGGACUUCAAGCGGAAGAACAAGAUACGUUCCUUUGUUGACAAAUUGAUCGAAAGGCAUAUGACAUCGAAUCAAAAUAAGAAAUCGUGAAUCUCUCGACUGGUUAAACAGUCGACGUUUCUUACCCAGAUUGCCCAGCCCCUGUCCAGCAUCCGAGUUAUCUGAAGUUUGAUUAAAAUCCAUUAUUCUGUGGGCAUAAAAGGUAUUACACCAGGGAGAAACUAUAAACAGAGUCUUCAUUAUUUUAUAUAUUCCAUGGUGGACAAUGGACUUGCUUGGGCAUGCUGAGGUGAAGGGUUCUACGAUCGAGUGGGAAUGCGGUCCUAUGUAUCAGAUAAGAGUGGUGAUCUUGCAGUAUAUGGAACUCCAUCCUAUUGGAUCAGGGUGAUGCAUUAUGGCAACUACUGGAGUAUCAGAGAAUGAUAGAAUGUAUGAUGUGCCAAAGGCGCGGCAUCAUGCGUUGUGGUUCUGUUGUUAUUAGAUACGAGCUUCCGCAGGGCCCAAGCUCAUGUUGAUCAAAGAAAGAAAAGUUUUUGUUGGCUAUCUAGGGGUUUCGCACUCCCAGUUAUGCCUGUGUCUUUUUGGGGUUUUUUGUCUGAUAUCCUGGGGUUUUUUGUUCUCACAUAGGACAGAUCCCUCUUGCCCCAAGACUAGAUUUUAUCUCUUGUACAGAGAGCUAUACAAUUGUUUAUCUGAUACUGCAACAGCUUACAUGUAACAUGUAAUGUUGCCCAAUCUAUGCUGCAAAUGGAACCUCUGUUGCUCCAAAGCUUUCUCUGGAAUACUCAUUCCGGCGCAAUUAAUGAGUCGCUUUUGAAGCUGAGUUUUCUUUUCCAGCCAAAACAUGUGGUUGAUUCCAUCGUCAGUUCGAUCUGCAGCCACCCUUUUAUUUAAAGGUUAAGGGGGGUUGACAUAGACAAUACCAAGUGAAUGGCUAUAUAUAUCUAGGUACGCAAACUCACAUAUUUCUUCUUUUCUUUAAUCUGCUUUGUCAUUACAAAGAGAAGAAUGAUUUACAAGCAACUGUAAAAUUCUAAUUGAGAAGGGGUUGGUUUUUGCUCUUUCA